UCGGUCUUCCAGUCUUGUUGAAAAUAUUUCGUCAAUUUCUGUUCGCUAGUGAUCAGCGUAUAGUGUAGACAGUUUCAUUUUGUGGUGUGUUGUAAAAUAUCAAGAUUCAUUUCCCUCUAAUGUCAUACGGUAGCGAGACGCCGCACGUCUGGAGCAGUUCAGCAGGCAGCGAGGUGUCUCCAUACGGGCCGCUGUGGGACGCGCCACCAGCGCCGGUGCCCUAUCCCGACAUCCUGGCGUUUCCGCCCGCCGACCUAGUAUGGUCGGCGGCUGGUUGUGGCGGUCGGGCCGGCUCCCGAGCGACGCCCGUCGGAAAGAAGCCGCGGCGUCGUGUUGCCUCCGUCGCUCAACGCCGCGCCGCCAAUAUUCGGGAGAGAAGACGCAUGUUCAAUUUGAACGAGGCAUUUGAUAAGUUACGCCGAAAGGUGCCUACAUUUGCGUACGAGAAACGACUGUCUCGUAUCGAGACGCUUCGGCUGGCGAUCACUUACAUCAGCUUCAUGUGUGAGCUUCUCCACGGAUCACCACAACCGCAUCACAAUCCACACCACGCGUUGCAUCCGCCGCGGCACGUGUUCGAUGCUGAAGUGCCUUGGUGUGCUUGAAUCAACAUCAAUGGAAAAGUUUCUUAAAUGUAAAGGAAAUAAGUGACUAGAACUUACUGUAUAUAAUUUUUCACAGAUUAAGGCCGUCAUAUUUACCUUUUGCUGAAAUUAAGUGCUCUAUUUGUAUUUAUUAACUGCUAAACUACACAUUUUGCCAAAGAUUAGACAUAUAUGUGUAUUGUAGUUAGGGACAUAAUAUAUAAUCAUAUCGCCAGAUAUUAUAUUCGAGUAUGCUCCUAUUUUUGCAUUGUUCAGGUUUCUAUCCAUCGAAAAAUUUUGCACUUUAGAUUAACAUAUUAGAUUUAAUAUUUUGAUAAUA